AUGUGUGGAGAUGGCACGAUAAGAAAUUCAAAAGCUUCUCAUAAUUGUAUAACACCAGACAAAGACGGAAUCGGAAAUUUGAAGUCAACGUAUUGCGAUGUAUACCCAGCCAUACCCGAUUAUCAGAAGUGGAGAUAUGGAAGGUCAAAAACCUUCGUAGACAGAGGAGGAAUUCAACAAGAAGCAAGACAAAUCAUAAACGUCAAAUCUGGAGCGUGCAUGGAUGUUAAUGGCCGUGACGGAAAUGGUGACAUUUCUGCAUAUUUUUGCCAAAAUAUGGGUGACCAGUACUUCUACUUCCGCUCUCGGGGUAAACUGCUAGGAUAUGGGAGACUACAAGUUCAGAAAUCUGGUUAUUGUCUGGAUGUGGAGGGAAACCAAGGACGUGGCAAUGUUUUAAUAUACAAUUGUGAACACGCUGCUGAUCAGUAUUUCAAAUUUUACAAAAAUGGCGAAUUAGUCAACAAAAAGUCCGGAUUGUGCGUCGAUAUUAAAGGGAAUAAUGGAUAUGGCGAUAUAUCUAUGCACGCGUGUAAAGAUCUGCCUGAUCAAAUGUGGACACGACCGCACCACUACUGCCAUGGAGAUUACUGUUCUUUCCGGAGUAAGAAGUCAGGACAGUGCAUAGACGUUAGUGGAAGUAGAGCAAACAGGGGAAGCAACGUGGGGAGCUACAAGUGUGACGGGGCUCCUGAUCAACGCUUUAGAUUUAUUUAUUAA